AAGCAAUAUGGUCAGUUUCAUGCGACAACCCCAAGGGCAGGUACGACAGACAAGACCAAGACCAAGACCAAGAGGACUUGUCACAGCCCAACGAGAAAAUACACUAACUCCCGGCAAAUUUAGUAGACUGCUUAGUAGUUUUAAGGCCCAGUGGGAAAAUCUUAGUGUAUCCCCUGGUCAAUCCUUCGUCAUUGAAAACCCAGAGCUUUCCGUCCGGGUCCAUAAUUUUUUUUUCGAGUUACUACGGCAAAGAGCGAAUGCCGAACCCCUACGCAUUAUCGCCUCUGCCAGAUAUUAACUUUUCUAAUUCCGAUCCAAAGUAUCCAUUUCGUUUUUUCGUUUCCUUUAUUAUCAGGGUACCCCCGUGUCUUACUGAAUAUUUUUUACUUUUCUUUUUUUUUUUUUUUUUUCGUUAUCUUCAAUUCUUGUUGAGUCCCUCUCCAGCGGUGCAAGUGCCUUCGGAUCUCUUAUAUUAUAUUAUAUACUACGAAAUAUACUCGUUGUUUCACUACUCGAGUAUAAACGAAACUAUACCUUUGUUUAAAAUUCAUAAGGGAAUUUCCCACUUGUCACUCUGACCGCUACCACAACAAAAGAUUUAACCACGCCAAGCAAUAGUAUUUUAAUAGCGGUUGCGGAUAGAUUUCCCAUUAUCGGUUGAAUAAUGGAGGAGGUUGACCGCGAGCUCAUGCGAGCUGAAGAGGAUGCCUUACGGCAGAUGGCACCUUCUGUAUCUAAAACUAACGAACAUCCCUAUCGUCGAGCUAGUAAUGAGGUCGAACGAGUUGUUUCGGCGUCGUCUGUAUCGACAUCUUCUAGUGACGAUGGUGCGGCUCACAGAGACAUGGGCGGCAUGAGCCGCAUUCCCACACAUCGAGACCUCGAACGAAACCCUACCGAACUUAGCCGUAUUAACACCGCCCGAAGCCAACACAGCGCUACUGUCGGACGAAGUCUUAAGAGCCGUGAUUCGAGGAAACCUUUACCUGCUUUCGGGGCCGGGAAGCCAUUCCCGCCCCCUUUACCAGACCAAGAAGAAUAUGUAGUUGAGUUUGAUGGUCCUAGCGAUCCUUACCACGCCCAGAACUGGUCGCUUAAAAAGAAAUUACUUACGGCCGCUAUGCUCGGUUAUACUACUAUGACUGCAGCUUUCGCAUCCAGUAUUUUCUCGGCUGCGACACCGUACGUAGCAAAGGAAUUCGGCGUCAGUUCCGAAGUUGGUAUAUUAGGUGUUUCUUUGUUCGUGGUCGGUUUCGCAACCGGCCCGACAUUCUGGGCGCCGCUGUCCGAGUUAAAGGGGCGGCGUCUGCCGAUUGUUAUAGCCAUGUUCGGAUUUUCGGUCUUCUCUAUUGCUUGCGCGACGGCCAAGGACUUACAGACUCUUCUGAUCUGCCGAUUCUUUGCUGGUUUCUGUGGCGCUUGCCCGUUGGCUGUUGUUGCUGCCGUCUUCUCGGAUAUGUUUAACAACGCCACGCGAGGUAUCGCCAUCACCCUUUUCUCCAUGGCUGUCUUCACCGGUCCCUUGUUAGCUCCAUUUGUCGGAGGUUUCAUCGUGACCUCUCACCUCGGAUGGCGCUGGACCAUGUAUAUCGCGAGUAUCAUGGGUUGGCUCGCCUUCGUUCUUGAUUUCUUCUUCUUGAACGAGACUUACCCUCCCGUGAUCUUGAUCGAAAAAGCAGCCGAAUUGCGCCGUCGUACCAGGAACUGGGGUAUCCACGCCAAGCAGGAAGAAAUCGAAGUUGACUUCGGCGAGCUGAUUCAGAAGAACUUUACUCGCCCCAUGCGGCUUCUGUUCGGUGAGCCAAUUGUCACACUGCUUUCGAUCUAUAUGGCUUUUAUUUAUGGACUACUCUAUCUCUUCCUAACGGCCUAUCCUUUCGUCUUCCAGGGAGUACAUCACUUCAAUUCCGGCCAGUCCGGUCUGGCCUUCUUUGGUAUGAUUAUUGGUCAACUACUCGCAGGUAUUACCGUGCUGCUCGACCAGCCUUCGUACCAACGUAAGCUAGCUGCCAACAAUGGUGUUCCUAUUCCCGAGUGGCGUCUACCCAUCGUCAUUGCUGGUGGUGUAUCAUUCACUGGCGGUAUCUUCUGGUUUGGAUGGUCGGGUUACCGCGCGGAUGUUCACUGGAUUGUGCCUGCUGCUUCAGGUAUCCUGACUGGUUUUGGCCUUAUGGGUAUCUUCCUUCAGGCUCUCAACUACCUUGUUGAUGCCUACCUCAUGUUCGCCGCCUCGGCUAUCGCAGGUAACACUUUCCUCCGAUCUCUCUGCGGUGCCGGAUUCCCUCUAUUUGCCACAUACAUGUUCAACGGACUUGGCAUUCAAUGGGCGGCUACGUUACUAGGCUGCGUAGCGGCAGUACUGGUCCCUAUUCCAAUUCUGUUCUACCUAUAUGGCCACAAGAUCCGUGCUAAGAGCAAGUUCGCGCCAUCUCUCCCUGGCAACACCCCCGGCAUUGCCUCCAACUCUAGUAACGAUACGGCAGUCGAUGGCGACGGUGCGGCAGACCACGCUGCGGCGUCGAGCGCUCCAAAGACUAAUGUUGAGAGCGAAAAGGUUUAAGCGCUGUGGUCAGUUUUAUUAAUUAGAUUAACUUUUUGGAAUCCUUUUCAACAAAAGGUGGGGUGGGAGGUGGGGUGGUUGAGAAUUGCUAGGUGGGGAUUAUACAUAUAAUAUGAUUGGGUUUAGACUUAUAGAUGUUACGGAUGAGAUGCGUCGUUAUGAAGGACGUAGCUGAACUUAUACCAAUACCACAUGUAGCUAGAUGACGGAUGGGUAACUUGUACAUACUUGUCGGGUACAUAUAGUAUAUAGCUGUUACUACCACUACUACUACUACUAUAGCUAUAGCUCGCUAAGAGUAAUAAUUUCGUAUAUUAUCAA